CUCAUGUGACAGAGGUAGGUCAGGCGGAGCGGAGAGUCAGAGGGUUUAUUUAACUCGUCGCUCUGUCCUCCCCCACUUCCCCAACGCGCCACCAAGAGGGUUGCUUUCAUUCUGCGGUAGGACCACAGCGUGGAAAUCGCAGGAACUAACUUGGACCCAUCUUCACACGCAUAAUAACCUUUACCAUCAGUACGAUUAGUUUUAAAUAAUUAGAAAUUAAUACAAAUCUUGGCUGUUUUUUGUUGCAGCAUUUAGUGCAUUUCUUUAGCUGCUGCUUUUUUGCAACUUUUUUUUUCUCCACGCAUAAAUAAAUGCGUAUUUAUUUGUGACUGCAUUGGAAAAGUACCUCGACUUUACUGCGUAAUUGGAGUAAAAAAGAAUGGAGCGAAUUCCAAGCGCACAACCACCUCCUCUGUCCAAACACCAGACUGAUCUGUCGGACGUGCAAGGGAUGGAUUUCCCGAUGUAUGUUUAUAAGCCCAGGCGAGGAAUAAAGAGAGGAGAGGAGAGCAAGGAAACAUACAAGCUGCCUCACAGACUUAUUGAGAAGAAAAGGCGUGACCGGAUAAACGAGUGCAUCGCUCAGUUGAAAGAUUUAUUACCAGAGCACCUGAAACUCACGACUCUGGGCCAUCUGGAGAAGGCUGUGGUUUUAGAGCUUACACUCAAGCACGUGAAAGCCCUCACCUCUCUUCUGGAGCAACAGCAGCAGAAGAUCCUCGCUCUGCAGAACGGCAUGCAAAUUGAGCACCCUUCUAUCAACCAGGAGAAGUCAGAGGAGAUGUUCCGCACUGGCUUCCACAUGUGUGCCAAGGAGAUGCUUCAGUAUCUCGGCAAUCAUGAGACCGAUGCAGACUUCACACCAUCCCAUGUGAUCAAUCACCUUCACAAGUUAGCCGCCGAGGUGCUGCAUGGUCCAGUCCGUCCUCGCACUUCCCUCAGCCCUCAACCUGAGGAAAUCCCUACCUACCACCAGCACCAACUGCACAAGGAGAUGCCCACCAGCUUACCCCCUAAACCCAGCGAGGGCUAUGGGAGGAACUGUGUGCCUGUUAUCCAGCGGGCAUACGCUGCAACGAGCAGUGAGCAGAGUGGCAGUGAUACAGAUACAGACAGCGGCUAUGGGGGAGAGCCGGAGAAGGUGCCACAGGGACGUCAAGAGUACUACGUCCAGGAGAGCCAGCUGAAGCGAGCGCUGGGCGAGAGGCAGAGCUCCACCAUAAAGCAGGAGGAUGACGAGCCGCGCCACAAACGACCCCGGGUGGAGUCGUCUGAGGAUGAGCUGCUCUCAGGUGGAGAAUCAUCAUCUUCCUCUUGCGGUUAUGGCAGUUACAUGAGCGUAUCCCCUAACCAUCAGCCUACUCCACAUCCCCUCUGCAUGCCUUUCUACCUCAUUCCACCUUCUGCUGCAGCCUACCUGCCGAUGCUGGAGAAAUGCUGGUACCCCGGGGCCGUGCCCAUGCUCUAUCCUGGCAUGGGAGGCUCUGCAUCCACCAUGCCAAGCGAAAGGCCGUCUCCAUCUCAGUUAGUGUCGUCUAAAAGGGGAGGCUCUCCAGCCCCAGCCAUAUCUCAGACCCCCAUGGACUCCCCUGCCCUCCUUCAGGCACUAAAGCAGGUACCACCCCUUAACCUGGAAACCAAAGACUGAUAGAUAAGAGAACAGCGGUGAAGAGAUGAUCCUGUUCUAGUACCAAGGAGCAGAGACAGCAGUAGGAAUGAUAACAUGACUGAACCUUUCCGUAAUCCAUCCUCAUUCCCGUCCUCUGUUCCUCAGCCUGGAGGUCAAAGAGCAAACUAGAGGACUUGUAGAAUUAAUCAGGAGGAGAUGGAGAGAGAGCGACAUCCGUCCACACUCGGAGGAUGCAAAGCUCUGGUUGAAUGUUAUAUGCUCAGCGGUAUUACUCAGUGCAAAUGUAUCAUAUAAAGUGGACCUGCCCUGCACAUACACACACACACACACACACACACACACACACACACACUUGGUUGAAUGUAAAGAAAGACAUUUUAGAUGCUGCUGUUAAAGUAUAAACGCUGAUGACACUGAUGCAUCUCACUUGUAGCUGUUGCGAUAGACACGUCAUCCUUGUACUUUACAAAGUGUUGCACCAAAUGUUAGCAGUAAUUUUUCACCCAAAGUUUGUUGCCUACGCCCUAUAGGUCACCAUUAUCAUAACUGAGAAUGCCCUUUGAACCAGACACUAUGAUGACUGGCACCAUAAGAUUAAAAAAAAAGGGUUUCCUCAAGUGUGUACAGACGAGAGUAAAGGUACACCCGAUGUAUGGAUGAAGGAACGGGCCACCACACGACCACACUGAAUGAGAAGUCUUGUUUUUAAAUGACAGACAGUUUAGAUGGAUUUUCUGUAAUUAUUGUUCAUAGACUUCUUGUACAUUUCUAUUUUUGAUACCUGUUCUCGCACUCUGACCGUCCGGAGAGAUAGAAGGUGGGCAGAGUGCGGACAACUGUACGUCGUGUACUCAGAAACUGUGUACAUACUGUAGCACUGUGCUGGACCUGGUCUGCAUUCUCAACAUCUGUUUCUGCUCAAGUCAAACCUGGUGUUUGUUCUUGCUGUUGCCUUUUACUUGUGAAAAGCUGAUAAAUCUCAGAUGUUUAUUCUCUGUACUAUGUAUGAAUACUGGAGUCAAAAGGGGUGAGGAGGAGAGAAGCUGAAUGUAAACGUUUUACCAGAAGACUAGUUUUCUACAGAAAGAGGUACUUGAAAUGUUAUAUUUUGGGACCUACAUGAAAGAUGUUCGAUGUACAUAUUUUGUCUAUAAAUGUUGGCAUACAUUCUAUAAGUGUAUUAAUAAAGUAUUUUUUUUCCCGUGGAAAA